AUGCUCGCUCCGGUUGCCCUCUUGGCGAGUGGCCUCGCCGCCACCGUGCUUGGCCAUGGCAUGGUGACAACAUUCAAGACAGACGGUGUCCAGAACCAGGGCUUCAUUUUGGACUACUACUACGCCAAGAAGAAUGGCCAGAAGGUACCUGACAUCGCCGCGUGGUACGCCGAGAACCUCGACAGCGGCUUCGUCGCACCCAACAACUACGGCACACAGGACAUUAACUGCCAUAUCAACGCUACGCCAGGCACUCUCUCCACGACAGUAUCAGCCGGUGGAAAGGUCGAUUUCCAGUGGCCUGCUAACUGGCCACACCCAUACGGCCCGAUCCUGACCUACGUCGUGAAGUGCCCCGGCGACUGCACUAAGGCCGACAAGUCACAGCUGAAAUGGGUCAAGAUCGAGGCAGUUGGAAUCAACUACAGCACUCAGAAGUGGGCGUCUCAGACGUUGAUCGACCAGGGCGGCAAGUGGACCACCACCGUGCCCAAGUCAUUGGCCGCCGGUAACUACGUUUUCCGGCACGAGAUUAUCGCCUUGCACGGUGCCGGCUCGCUCAACGGUGCGCAGAACUACCCGCAGUGUUUUAAUAUCAAGAUCACCGGAUCUGGAACCGCCAAUCCCUCGGGCACAGCCGGCACAGCGCUUUACAAGAACACCGACGCUGGUAUCUACUUCAACCCCUACACCACGAUUACGAACUACGCCAUGCCCGGUCCAGCGCUGUGGACUGGUUGA